UAUAAUUAUUUCUCACCAUGUUCUGUCAGUAUUUUGAUAUUUUUUUGGGUUCUAGGCCAGGGAAGCUGUCGAAAUGCCUUUGCGUCACACGACCGAGAAGAGAGAUCAUCAGAAUCUGCGCCAGUUGGCCCAGAAAGCCAGAGAGGAAAGAGAUAGAAUUCGCAGAGAGGGAGGGGGAGAUAAAGAUGAUGUAACUGCUAAACGUGAUGAGAUCAGAAAAGAUCGAGCCAAACAGAGAGCAAGAGACAGGAACAUUGCUCGAGCUGCACUAGACAAAAGGCCUACUCAUCCCCAGAUUUGUCCCCGAUAAAGACUUUGAAGGCACAGAUCGUAACCGGGGCGUGAGGGUUCAGUCCAGUUUACGCGAGAUGUAGAGGAGGAUCCUUUCAACUUGGACAGAUUUAUCACGGAGGCUAAGAAGGGCCAAAAGAGGUCAGCGGAUGAGUCUGGCUCCUCCCGGGACUACGACGGCAGCAGCAGUAAAGGAAAUGGAAGCAAGAAACGAAGAGACCAAUGACCAUUCACGAUUUGGACGUUGUUGUAUCACUUUCGUAUUUCAAUAUCUGUCCCUAAGAAUUGCGAACUGUGACGGCUGUUUUGAGAGGAAUCUGGAUAGCGUAUAUAUCCAGGGAUUAUUUACAUGUUGCGAGAAGUUUAAUUGCCACUAAAAUUGGGGUGAGUUGGAUACAUUUGGGGGGAAGAGAUGAAUUUCAGUUGCAAAAAGUUACUGCAGUAGAUUUUGUUUUAGCAAGUUUCAACUGAUAUGAAAAUGGAUGUACCAGUACUGCAAAGGAUUUUUCUGUCCUGAAUUUUCAUGGCAGUUUGAAACCUCUCAUUCAGUGACGUGAGCCUCAGUUGGAAGGACUGCUAGCCACACGCAGGCAUUGGGUGUUCGUUGUGCUGGGGGAGUGAGACAGGUGUUAUUGAUUUGACCUAUCUGGUGGACGUUUAGACACCUUUUACUGCUUACACCCAGAUAUGAGACCGGUGUGUGUGUGGUGCAGCGGUAAGACGCUUCGCCAUCACUUGUAGAAGACAAAAGUUCUUCAUCUCGUUCUGUCUUCUGAGAUGUUGUAUCCCUCUCAGCCCGGAUUGGCACUGGCAGUCGGGGUCAAUUAAUCUUACCUCCCAUAUGUUCAAAAUAGUGUUGGAGUGGGCGUAAAACACAUACAAUUGCAAGGUUUAUUUUACAGAUAAGCAAGAUGGAGAAAUGGGUGUCUGUUUGUCACAGGCAUUUUGAUGGAUGUUUGUAUAUUGUCUAUUCUUUGUGAGAUGCCAGUAAAAGUGGGGAAAUAAUAUUGUUUGCAAGGGAUUAGUUGUCAGAAUAGGGAAACUCAUUUUUAGAUUUUAAAAAUAUUUAGUAUGUUUUGCUUGCAAUUGUUGAUGAGGAUGUGUUAAGGAGCAAUGUUACAAAAACGUAUAAUAAUAAAAAAUGAAAAUGAAUACACGGACGCUGCAAAUGUUAUUUACAAAUUGGUGUGACAACCACUUCCUUUCUCUUAUUGUAAAAAAGACAAAUUUAUUAAUAAUAGACUUUAAAGUUUUAAAAGACCAAUUGCAACCACUGUUGAUUAAAGAUGAGGAAGUAGAGGUUGUAAAUCUUUACAAAUAUCUGGGAAUAGCCGUCGAUGACCAGCUUGACUGGCAUCCCCACGCUGCUCUUUUGCAUAUAAAAAUAAAGCAAAAAAUGUUCCUUCAGGAGAUUAAGAAGUUUUCAAGUAGAUGAUUAGAUCAUGUCCCUUUUUUAGCAUUCUUCUAUGGUCAAAAGCGUGUUACUAUUUUGUAUUUGUUGCUGGGCUGGAAACUGUAGGGUGAAACAGAACCACUAAAAAAGCCAGCAAGAUCUCUGUAUACAUAUGAUUUUACUAAAAUUGAUGAAUAAAAAUGAUCAGUAGCAUUAUAAUUAUAAACGGCCUAUCACACCCCCUUUCCACAUGAAUUGUAACAUCACACAGCGGCAGAUAUGUACCACUAAGAACAAAGAAAGAAAGAUACAAAAGAAGUUUUUAUUUACCAUCUAGUGUAAGUAUAAGGCUACUUUCAGAAUAAUAUUCUAUGUGUAUUGUUGUUUCGAAUAUGCUAUAUGUUAUAUGUAUUCACUCUAAAGGUCUUGUGAUAACUUCUUACAUGUGGUUGAAUGAUGCAUCUGAUGUGAUAUGUACAUUAUUGUCAGCAUUAUUUUUCUUCUCAUAUUACAUUUUAAUGAGAGUAAUAACAUGUAUAUAUAAUUAAAUUUCUUUCUAUGUAUACCUUCAUGUGUUUUUACAGUCCUGUACAGUCAAGAAAAAUUUCCCCCUGGGACAAUAAAGUUACAUUGUCUUAUCUAUUUUGGCCAAAUUUUAGCGGAUGUCAUUUGUGAACGGUCCCUAAUAUCAAGUGCAAAGCAGUUCCAUCACGUCUCUAUUUGAUGCGGUUUAACUUGCGAACCUUUUAGUACCGUAACAUGUUUUGUUGUUCUUUUUCCCUCCAAGUGAUCAGGCACGACUUAAAAGAAACCCACAUAUUAUUUUUUUAAAAUCAGGACGGGGAAAAAAGAGCUCUCGCAUUUGUAGUUGUAGGCACUCUGUCAAUGUUAGUACAUUCAUAAUAUGUACAUGUAUGUGGAGAGGCAGCGAAUACUUACAGAUUAAAAGAGAUGUCAGACAGAGAUGUACACAUGUAUACUUUCAACAGACCUAUUCUCCCUGUAUAGUGAAAACAUCAUGAGGCACAUAGAAGAAAUGCCACGUAUCUCGAUAGGGGGACAUAACGUAAAUAAUCUUAAGAUAUAUAUAUAUGCAGACGACACCGUCCUAAUAGUUGAAGAAGAAGAAGACCUACAGGAUCUAUUAAAUGUAAUCGUACAAGAGAGUGACAACAUGGGCCAAAGUCGAAACAGUAAUCAUCAAGAAAACUGAAACAAUGGUGGUAAGCAGAAAAACUCCAACCCAAACUUGCAAAUUCAAAAUCAAUGGUACACUCAAGCAAGUACAACAUUUUAAAUAUUUGGGGACCAAUAUAUCAUCAGGCAAAUUAAAUUGGACACACAAUACAGAAAGAAGCAUUGGAGAAUAUUGUAGCAACAGGCACGUUUGAUCGAAAGAGAGGCAGAGGCAGACAGAGGGAAAAGAUACUGGACAAGUUAACAACAUGGCUGGGAACAGCAAGAACAAUAGACACUAUUGCUGCAACGUAGGGCAGAGAGAAGUGGAGGUUCAUGAUCACCCACGCCAGUCAGCAAGGCACCGGAUGAUGAUGAUGAUGAUGAUGUGGAGAGGCAGGGGACAGGUUGCAUUUGGACGGAAGGGUAAAAUAAAAUUUGCCAUAUAUUCGU